UACAAUACUUUUCAAAAAAAAAAAAACUUAUUCUCUACAAUAAUUUUAGUCACCACUCACCAUUCAUAAAUUUCGAUGUGGCACAUCUUCAUACAGUCUGGCAUAGAUGCAUGUUAUAUAUAUUUGUAUAAUGACGUCUGGCGGUUCUAUACAUCCCAUUCUUUUUCACUCUUUCUAUUUUUAGAAAUCCACCAACACUUUAGUGACCAAAAUUCAGCAGUCACUCAAAGAAAACUUUUGAAUAGAUUUAAUGAGUCUAUGGGGAAUUAAGGAUUUCUUGUGGAUGUAAUAUUUGAUUGAUGAAUGAUACUGAAUUGGAGUUUGCUGUGAGUAUUACUAAUCAAUUAAAGAAGAACACUAAUACAGGUGCAGGUGCAAAUGCAAGUUGAGGCAGAUAUGAUGCAAUUUGUGGGGUCUGAUACAUUAGCAGAGCUAGUUUGGUCUCCAAGAACAGGUUUAAACAUCAAAUUUGCUGAAGAAAAACCUUGUUUUAUGUGGGAAGUUGGUCCAACUGAUAUGAACUCUGAAAACACUCAAAAUGAACAACACAUUGCAUCACUAGCAACAUGCCAUGUCAGCUGCACAGGUUCACAAAACCAAGGGGCAGUAGAUAAGUUAUAUGAACAUUUAUUUGAAGAUGGAAUGAUGGGCGGUUGUGACGGGUCGGGUUCCGAAACUAGACCACCUUUGAAAAUUGAGCCUAUGAUGCAAUAUAGGCCCGAAAAACAUGCCGAAAGGGCUGAUGUUGAUACGCAUAACGUUAAAAUGGAAAAAGAUGGUUACUUAAGUGACCCUUUUCUAGAAAAGAUGGAAAGUUGUAGAAGUGCUAACUUCUUGACCGAAAGAAAACGUAAAUGCGGCUUCGAACAGCAACUGAUUCUUGGAAGUAAACGAAUCAAGAAUCAAAUCGAUGGUAGCUCGUUCAUGAACUGGAUUUCAAACACGUUGAAAGGGUUAAAGAACAACCAUAACGUUUAUGAUCCGCGUGUUGGUGUUUGUGACGAAACUAGUGGUUUUCGUAAUGUUUUUCAGUCUCUUUUCUCAACAGAAACUAUCAAACAGUUUGAGAAUAAAUCCAUAGGCAGUUGCAUCUCGAAAGACACAGUUUUAGCCGAAAGAUGCAGCCAUGGAUCACUCGGUUAUUUGAAAAUAAAAGAUAAAGAGAAUGUGAAACACGUAAGCUUCUAUGAACGGGUAACGAUAGAAGCGCCAAAAAAUAUGUUUGACACCAUAAGGAAGCUUCGACUAUCGCGUACUGAUAUCAUCAAAUGGAUGAAUUCCCGAUCGUCGGUUUCAUGUAACUUAGAUGGGUUCUUUCUGCGGUUACGGGUUGCAAAAUGGGAAGAGGGAGCAGGGGGGUCAAAGUAUUAUGUUGCUUGCAUAACAGGAUCACAAGGGGAAACACCAUGUAAAGAUUUGAAGCAAUCUAUUAGAGUCAAAGUUGGAGAUGUUGAAUGUCUUGUUCAAAGUCAACAUGUCUCUAACAAUGAUUUUCUAGAGGAUGAACUCAUAGCAUGGUGGGAAAAGACAUUACAAAAUGUUGGGAUUCCGGUCGUGAAAGAUUUAAAAUCGAAGCUAGCAGAGAGGAAAACACUCGGCGUGUAGUUCAUGGUCGAAAACAUCAACUUCGUCUAUCAUAAAUGUGAGGAAUGUGUGUGAUAUUUUCUUUUCGGACGUUGUGAAAUCGAAAAAAUCUUUAGAAUUGGCUUGUGAUGUGAAGGGCCAAUGGUUGUAAUUCACAGUUUUUGUGCAAGUUGUUUAUGUCCUCAUUGCUACUA